AUGAGCCAGGCCCCAGACUCACCUGCGCACCACUUCUCCUUGCAGAUGCCCUGGUUCAAGGGCUGGAAGGCGGAGUGGAAGGAGGGAACCACCACCAGGGUGACUCGGCUGGAAGCUCUGGACGCCAUCCUCCCGCCCACUGGCCCAGCCAACAAGCCCUUGAGGCUCCCUGUGCAGGAUGUGUACAAGAUUGGAGGCAUUGACACAGUGCCUGUUGGCCAUGUGGAGACGGGUUUCCUGAAGCCCAGGAUUGUGGUCACUUUUGCCCCCACAAACCUCACUACAGAGGUCAAGUCUGUGGAGAUUCAUCAGGAGGCCCUGCGCAGUGACAUCGUGGGCUUCAAUGUGAAGAAUGCGCCCGUAAAGGACAUUCGCCAUGGAUGUGUCAUUGGAGACAGCAAGAAUGACCCCUGCCCCCCAGCUGAUAAUCAUCCUGGGCAGAUCCACGCUGGCUAUACUCCAGUGCUGGACUGCCAUACAGCUCACAUCCCCUGCAAAUUUGCUGAACUGAGGGAAAAGAUUGACCAGCACUCAGGCAAGAAGCUAGAGCACAACUCCAACGCCCUGAAGUCUGGCGAUGCAGCCAUUGUGCAGAUGGUCCCCAACAAAGUCAUGUGUCUAGAGACCUUCUCGGAGUACCUACCUCUAGGAUGCAGGCAAACGGUAACAAUGAGACAAACAAUGGCCAUAAGAGUUAUUAAGGUGGUGGAGAAGAAGUCGUCUAUGGCUGGCAAGGUCACCAAGUCAGCAGUAAAGGCAGACAAGAAGUGA